CGUUCCCUGUCCAUUGUCCUUCCAACCUAUAAAAACACCUCGCUUCAUGCCUACUUAGCCCCAUGUCAGGCAGCGAAUCCCCCACUAAGACGCGCACUCUGCGAAAGGCACCCUCUCUUGUGCUGAAUGCUCCUACCACAGCUUCGGCGACGCCAUUGAACGCGCAGCUGAAGUAUACGCCUAGAAAACCUGGCAAGCUUAGAUGGACAAGUAGUACUAAUAUCGUGCCCGAUAGCGAGGAAGAAAACAGCUACACUCCUGGCGAGAGCGUUGAUCGGAAGGAUAGGAAGGAUGUCAUUGUAAUUUCUUCUGACGAAGAAGACGCAAACGAACCCGUGAAAUAUAAUCCUACGACUGGCGACGAUCUGUCAAGCAGUCCCAAAAAGCCUAAGCGUGUGGUCCGAAGAAUUGUGCAAAGCUCCGAUGAAUCUGAAGGCGAUUCGCGACCCGCAACCAAGUCGGAGGUCAUUGAAAUAUCAGAUAAUUCAUCUGACGAAGAGGAAGCGCUACCGCGUAUUCCGCAGCCAACGAGCCGCUCGAAUAGUCGCAUACCUCAAGUUGCGAUAUCUGCUGAUGGUUCAGUCAUGACUUGGGACGCGCCUGUAUCCCCACGAAAACCUCUACGCGUACCGGCAAAUGAAAAUACCACUGCUGGCUCGUCAACUCGUCUGAACAAAGAGCUUCCUAAUUCUGUAUUGAAGCCUAGUGCUCCUACGACAGCUUCUCCUGCCCCAAAAACUCCUAGGUCACGACCAAACACGAAAAAGGCACAAGCAGAGGCCGAGUUAAAGCGUCUGGCGGAAUUCACUCAGAUUCUGUUCAAUGAUCUCAAUAGAGACGUUUUCAACAGUGGCCUUCCGGCUGACAUUGAGCUCUGCUGGAGCAAAAGACUCAAUACAACGGCUGGUCGCGCAACGUAUGCCCGGAAAGACGGCAUAAUUUCUGGGAAAAUCGAACUGGCCACCAAGAUCCUAGAUUCUGAAGAGCGGGUAAUGAAGACCCUCUCUCACGAGAUGUGCCAUCUUGCAUGUUGGAUAAUCAACAAGAAACUCAACGAGCACCAUGGACCCUUGUUCAAAGCUUGGGCGGCCAGAGUGACCGCAAAACGGCCUGACAUUGAAGUUUCGACUACUCAUGACUACGAGAUUUCUUACAAGUUUGAAUGGAGGUGCGAGAUAUGUGACUUAGUUUAUGGAAGACAUAGCAAGUCGAUCAAACCGGACGAUGUGUGUGGCAGGUGCCAUGAAGGAAAGCUUAUACCUCUUUUCACUCAACGUCAGCGGAAGGCUCCUCAGACCCCGAAGGUCAGCCGUAUGGCAGCGAGCAAGCCAAGGAACUCACCGUUACGGAUAUCACCUCGGUUGUCUGACGCUUUGAAGGACGACACGAUUGACUUGACGAUAUGCUCAGUGGAUUCCGACGAGGAGGUAGCUCAUGCUGCCGCAGAAUCGGACUCAGAGGUGGAGGUGCUCGCUGCACUCUUGGGAUCUACUACAAUAGCUGGAACUAGUUCCUGAUGCUCAAGUGAUGACAUGACAAUUUUUUGGAUAAAGUUGGUUGUAUGAUUUACGGACAAUUUAGUACAGAGGUCAUCUAAAAUUUAUCACCAGUUGAUUUUUGAUCUGCGCGUAGUCUCCCCUAGGCAGACUCUUAAUCUCUUAACAGGCAAGCAGUCGAGAUUUGAACUGCGCGUGGAGAUGAUUGGGGUAUUCAACUUUUUGACGGGCUUAGAGAG